AAGAAAGCAGGCAGAGAAAAGCACCUUUCUCGAGACUCUUAUUCUCCUAGUUCACCCCUACUUCAUAGUUCACAGCUUGAGAACCUAGACUGAAGAUCUCAAACAUCAAUCUCCAACACAAGAAUAACGCCCACUCACCUAUACAGCAGAAGCAUCCUACAGCAGGUCAUCUCCACGCUCUACACAUACGUGCCUUCAACCUCGAAGCAAAGCAUGGCGAAUACCCCUCAGGAUUCAGAGAUAAUGCCAUCUCUUUCAGUACAGACAAGAUGGGCUCAGUUCGGGCUUUCACGCUCCUCAAUUCAACAAUAUUCCGGGAUGGAGGGAAAGUACUCAGCUGCUAUUAUACCGUAUCCCCGUUCUUGUGUCCUGUCAGGGGGCAGAUGCGGGUCUUCGUGUUCUUCAAAUCAAGAGGCGCCAAUAAGUCCUCAGGGAGGAUCACAGGUGCCUCAGGCAAACAUUAUACAAUCCACUCCAUCUACUGUACAGACGACACCUCAGGUAACCGGCAAAGGUAAGCGUAUCAACAUUAAGUCUAUGAACAAGCAAAUGCCUCAAAUCGAAUCCAGGAAAAUUCCAACCACCAACCAGCCGCCCAUCCAUCUAUUCGGGGAAUCAAUAAUCAAUCAAAAACAUAACAAAAAAGUGGCAGGUAGUAAGUCGAGCCGGUUCAGAAUGGUCGGACGCCUCUAUGGUCCACGAUGUUCAUGAUGAACAACAGUCUAUCAGUCAUUCCGUCCUGACAGAUCCCAACCCCCGUCCCAUCCGAGGACUCAGAACACUAAGCCCAAGUCCCUUUGAACGCCGGAAUUUCAA